AAAAAGAGAGGGAAGCACAGAUGUAAUAAUCACUACUUCUACUACUCGUAACACAAAGGUGUGGACAAAAUUUGAUUAUUCCCUACUUAAGUAUUUAUUGAGAACGUAAAGGAUUAUUUUUAUGACAUAUUGAAUACGUUUUUUUGGUGAAAUUUGUCUUUCAUUUCUCUGGAGCUCCCCUCCAGAGUCUAGGAGCUGUAGAGCUGGACCAGCGAGAUGAGGAGCCUCUUGCUUCUCCUUCUCCUCCGCAUGCCCACAGGUUCUCUGCUGAAGGUCGAUGGAUGCAAGGGAGGAAGUGUGUUCUUUAACAAGCCUGAGCAUUUGAACCUGACCUGUGACAGAAAUACUACCAAAAGGCUCCUUACAGAGGAAAACGGGAUGGUCAAAAUUGUUGGACUAGAGAAAGGAGACUCGACUUGCUUUUCGUUGAGUAGCCUAGAGCUCGAAUUAAAAGACGAGUGCCCAGGACCAAUCACUCUUUGUCCUGGUCAAGGAGAGGAAGUCUCUGUACCAUGUGACUAUCCUGGUGCAUUCGACAAAUACGACAAAUACUUUUGCAAAGAAGAAGGUAAAUUUCAAUGUAAAGAAAUAUUAUCAAAGACCAUGUCGAUCAAGUUCCGCACAAACAAGGACUAUGGAAUUUACUGGUGUGGGUUCAACCACUCAAGCAACAUCGUCCUGAUCCAAAAAGUAUCGAUACAAAAUGUCCCAGUGGAAAACCAGACCUCGGAGGUUGGUCGAAGUCUAACCUUCAAGUGUAACUACUCUGGCUCUUCGGGGGUCAAGCGUAUCUGUAGGGGUCCACUGCAAUAUUGUCAGCAAAUGUUGAACACCUCGCGACCCACAAACGGAAGGUAUCACAUGGAAGACGCAACGAACAACCACACCCUCACCAUAACUAUCAAGUCCCUGAUAGAGCAGGACCGGCAGGGGCCAUUCUGGUGCUACUCCAAGAAUUCUGAUGGAACCUUCAAUAUCCACAGCAAAUUAAAUCUGACCUUCGGCACAGGCACAACCGGCAGAGACAGCCCAAAGGAUGGGCUGUCUCUGCCGGUUUCCAUAGUGAUGGGGGUGGCUGCUGGGGUGCUGAUGGUGAUGCUAGUUAGUCUAGGCACAUGGAAAUGCCUUUCAUCUAGAAACCCAAGGGAAGGACAGAAACUAGGGGAAGUUAAUAUCUAUGAGGAGAUACAACGGCGCCCUCUUGAGCCCAACUCCGUCUCUUCGAUCUACGUCACCGCAACCCACCCCUCCACCGCUCUUCACUACUCAACUGUUGCCUUCAAAGCGAACUCGGAUGAGUGCUGUGUCGUUGUGACCCCCAAGGACGCUGAAUACCCUGUUCUAAAGGCAGCCCCCCGCCCCCCAGACGAAGCCUCCCCCACAGGUCCAGCAACCAGGAGCUCUAGCAGCCUCUCAGAGGAACAGUUGGCCAAUUUAACGCAGCAGGACUAGGGCCGGGGCAGCGGGAAAACGUUUUUCUAUAACGUUGUUUCACUAUCCAUUACAAUCUGUGUAAUACGAUUUUGUUAACAACAUGUGCCGCUGAUGGCGUGUUUCCAUAAUAGUGUUCAUCAUUCAUCACUUAAAUAGGUGAGUGACUCACUUACUUGCCAUUACAUGUAUUCUACCGCCGUCGGGAACCAUCAGUUGCGUGAGUGGCCCAGCGCUGCGGUGUUGUGGUGCGGCCGGCCCGAGUUCGCGUCCUGAGAAUGUCAUAAUUGACUUUUUAUAUAAUAAAUAUGUCUUACGAUUUCCCCAGGAGCACAAAAAAAGGACCACAUUUGUUUUCAUUGAAUGCAUUUUUUAUUUAGUAAUCCUCCCGGAGCUGUGGGAAUAAAAUAUAAAUUAAAUACAUUCCAAACACAA